ACGCACAAGCGCGCACGGAGGCUAUUCGCUGCGUAAGCCGCAUUCUAAUACAGAUGAUAGUCAAGAAACUAAACAGGAGCCAUGCCAUCAAUGUCAUACACAUAAGGUUAAAUGCUCGGCUUGUCGCUCUCGUUGUGGCAUACAUAUCUGAUCGAACGCAGUGGCUUGCGGUCUACGUCGUUGUCUUCGGGGUGAUCGGAAUAGCAGGUUAUAUAUUCAACCUUUACCGGCGGUUUUGCUUCUCAAUACUCUGAAGGCAUGCGUAACCGUAUUCGCGUUGUCGAUAUAUAUAACCAUAUAUAACCAGGCCAUCAGAUAGGUUGGGUGAACAUGGUGGUGUGAUCCAACGUUAAGCUUUCCACCAACAUCCACACUCUCGACACCUUUCCCUCAUCCUGACAUGAUUCCAUGAGAGUCUGGACGGAUUUAGAUUCGCAUUAUCGAAUCAGUGGCUGCUGUGGUACCACUUACACAGCAAUUCCCCGGAACCUUAAACGCAGUCGCACCACCACGGGUGUACAUCGUACGUCGUCGUCGUCGUAGUAGUAGUAGUAAGGUAUCUCCAG